AUGUCCUCUCUGGCAUGGGAAACCACCCACGGGGUGUCGCAAAGACGGCUCGACGUCCUUGAAGUCUUCUUCAAGCUUCUCUCGGAAAGGGGCGCUCCCGUCAACCGCGAACACUGGGCCGUCUCCUUGGCUCUCCAGCUCUCGUUCCCGAGCUUUAUCGCGGACCCAACGCCGUACGUUCGCAAGGCCUGGCUUACAACACGCCGCCUGCAUCCAACCAUUGCAGGGGCCGUGGCUGCUUCAUCCAACGACGCGGCUGAUCUGAGCGACACCGUCCGCAUCCUAUCCGUUGGUCCACUGGAUGAUGAGGCAUGGCUUGCUACAACUUUCCGGACCUUUGCGCCCGGAGAAACCGACGUCACCAACUCCACCAAGCUCCUGGCUCACGGGUCGCUUCGACCGUACGAAAAAGCUAUGUGUCACUGGAUUGCCGCCUCUUCCGAGAUAUGCAUCCGCGCGGCACAUUGGCGCAUCGACGGCAUUGGCAUGCUCAUGCUGGCACAGACUUUCCUCUCGGCGGUCGCCUCGACCAUCCGCCUCGGGUUAGAUGCAGACUCCGAUGCCAACGAGCUUGCGGUGUCAGCAGCCGAUGGCUCGCUCACACCGAGCUUGCAUGAGCUGGUUUCGGCCCCCACAGAUGAGCAGUCGACCCCUCCGACGUUCAAAGCUCGGGCAGACUCUAUGAUCCAGGGCUUGACUCAAGGUAUGCCUAGCAUAUCAGUUCCUCCUACGCCCGGGUCCGAGUCAGCUGCCCCUGGGGCCACAUUGCGUGAUACUGUCACUCUGGAUGCCACUGUCACUGCCUCGGUCAUCGCCGCCUGCAAGGCUCGGGGCAUCAGCGUCACCAGCGCCAUCCACGCGGCCAUAGUACGCGUCGUCGCUGGUUUCCCGCAGCACCCACUCGCGAAGUCUUACGCGGCUAUGUGUCCGGCCGACAUGCGACGUUACCUGUCGAGCCCGUACAACGGGGAGGCAUACGCUGUAGGAUGCUACUGCUCUGGGCAACCUAUCUGCAUAGCAAAUUUGUACGACGGGAACAGUGGAAAUUUAAAGGGUUUUGAUGCUAUUGCAACAGAGUUCAAUAGUGUGUAUCGGCGAGAUCUCAACAGCAUGGCCACGGAUGAGAAUGGCAACGCGAUAAGCAUGAUGGAGCUUCUCGGUCCCUUCAUGCGGCGCGCCGCAAAACUGGUCAGCACACCGCCACCGCCUGAGCUGCCACCAGUGCAGAACGCGGAUUUGAGCAGUUUUGGCAUAAUCGAGCGAUAUCUGCAGCGCGACUUCGCAUCAAGUCCGAGUAGCGGGGAGACGCUUGAGCUGUCGGACAUGUGGAUGGGCGUAGAGCUGGCCGAUCGAUCAGUCCAGUGCCACCUCUGGACAUUUCGAGACCGAAUGACAAUACAGGCGUGCUACAACGAGAGCUAUUACGAGAAAGACUUCAUCGCCAAGCUGCUUGGGAACAUCGUUCAGGAACUCCUCGUCGGUCUCGGUGUUGCGAAACGGUCUCGCGGUUAA